UUUUGACUCUCCCCUCUCUCUCUCUCUCUCUCUCUCUCUCUCUCUCUCUCUCUCUCUCUCUCUGAGUUUUCACGUCUUCUCUAAUGGUGGAACCAAAACUCUACAUUCCCCAUUCAUCUUUUAUGCUUCCACACACCUUUCUCUAUCUGUCUUAAAAACUGUGAGAAUGAAGAUUUUUCCAAGCUUCUUUCUUUUUGUAACGACUCUCUUUUUCUCCGUCUUCUCUCUUUCCCUUCAAGCUUCUUCACCAUCUCAGUCUUUGUACAGAGAAAUACAUCAGCUUAUCAGCUUCAGAAACGUUCUUCCCGACAAGAACCUGCUCCCAGAUUGGUCUCCCGACAAGAACCCGUGUACCUUCCACGGCGUGACUUGCAAAGAAGACAAGGUUACUUCGAUUGAUCUCAGUUCCAAGCCUCUCAAUGUCGGAUUCAGUGCUGUGGCUUCGUCUCUACUGUCUCUCGCCGGACUAGAGUCUCUGUCCCUCUCAAACUCCCACAUCAACGGCUCCAUUUCAGACUUCAAGUGCUCCGCUUCUCUCACCAGCUUGAAUCUAUCCAGGAACACCAUCUCCGGCCCUGUAUCAACCUUGUCGAGCUUUGGCUCUUGCAUCGGUCUGAAACAUCUCAACGUCUCCUCCAACACCCUCGAUUUCCCCGGAAAUAUUCCAGGUGGGCUAAAGCUUAGCAGCAGCUUGGAAGUUCUCGAUCUCUCCACGAACUCUCUCUCCGGUGCUAACGUCGUCGGGUGGAUUCUCUCCAACGGCUGUUCAGAGCUGAAGCACUUAGCGGUCAGCGGAAACAAAAUAAGUGGUGACGUGGACGUCUCUCGUUGCGUGAAUCUCGAGUUUCUUGAUAUCUCCUCCAACAACUUCUCCACUUCGGUUCCGUCUCUCGGAGCUUGCUCGGCUUUGCAACACCUCGACAUCUCCGCUAACAAAUUCUCCGGCGACUUCUCCAACGCCAUCUCCGCCUGCACAGAGCUAAAGUCCUUAAACAUCUCCGGCAACCAAUUCGCCGGAGCCAUCCCUUCACUGCCGCUCAAAAGCCUCGAGUAUCUCUCCCUAGCGGAGAACAACUUCACCGGCGAGAUCCCGGAGCUUCUCUCCGGCGCGUGCGGUACACUCGCCGGACUCGAUCUCUCCGGGAACGAAUUCCACGGCACGGUUCCUCCGUUCCUAGCCUCUUGCCACCUUCUGGAGUCGCUCGUGCUGUCGAGCAACAACUUCUCCGGCGAGUUACCGAUGGAUACGUUGCUGGAGAUGAGAGGACUCAAGGUGCUCGAUCUCUCCUUCAACGAGUUCUCCGGCGAGUUGCCGGAGUCUUUAACGAACCUCUCCGCUUCUCUGCUCACGCUAGACCUCAGCUCCAACAAUUUCUCCGGUCCGAUCCUCCCGAAUCUCUGCCGGAGCCCUAAAACCACGCUCCGGGAGCUUUACCUUCAAAACAACGGCUUCACCGGGAAGAUUCCGGCGACGCUGAGCAACUGCUCGGAGCUGGUUUCGCUUCACCUGAGCUUCAAUUACCUCUCCGGGACCAUCCCGUCGAGUUUAGGCUCUCUAUCGAAGCUCCGAGAUCUGAAGCUAUGGCUGAAUAUGCUCCAAGGAGAGAUCCCUAAAGAGCUCAUGUACGUCAACACGUUAGAGACUCUCAUUCUCGACUUCAACUACUUAACCGGCGAAAUCCCUUCCGGUUUAAGCAACUGUACCAAUUUAAACUGGAUUUCUCUGUCGAAUAACCGGUUAACCGGUCAGAUUCCCCGGUGGAUCGGCCGGUUAGAGAGCCUCGCCAUCCUCAAGCUAAGCAACAAUUCUUUCUACGGGAACAUCCCGGCCGAGUUAGGCGACUGUCGGAGCUUGAUAUGGCUGGAUCUCAACACCAACUACUUCAAUGGCACGAUUCCGGCGGAGAUGUUCAAGCAAUCCGGGAAAAUCGCUGUUAAUUUCAUCGCCGGGAAGAGGUACGUUUACAUAAAAAACGAUGGGAUGAAUAAAGAGUGUCACGGAGCUGGCAACUUGCUUGAGUUUCAAGGAAUCAGAUGGGAGCAGCUUAACCGGGUUUCGACGAGGAACCCUUGUAAUUUCACCAGAGUGUAUAAAGGCCACACUUCGCCUACGUUUGAUAACAACGGCUCCAUGAUGUUCCUCGACAUGUCUUACAACAUGUUGUCUGGAUACAUACCGAAAGAGAUCGGUUCCAUGCCCUAUCUGUUUAUUCUCAACUUGGGUCAUAACUCCAUCUCUGGUUCUAUUCCCGACGAGGUUGGUGAUCUUAGAGGGUUGAACAUUCUUGAUCUUUCGAGCAAUAAGCUCGACGGGAGGAUCCCUCAGGCUAUGUCGGCACUUACUAUGCUUACGGAGAUUGAUUUGUCGAAUAAUUUGUUAUCCGGUCCGAUUCCUGAGAUGGGUCAGUUCGAGACUUUUUCCCCGGUUAAGUUCUUGAACAAUUCUGGUUUAUGUGGUUAUCCGCUUCCUCGGUGUGGUCCUGCAAAUGCAGACGGGUCUGCUCACCAGAGAUCUCACGGAAGGAAACCUGCAUCAUCGGUUGCGGGUAGCGUGGCGAUGGGACUGUUGUUUUCCUUUGUAUGCAUAUUCGGGCUGAUCCUCGUUGGUAGAGAGAUGAAGAAGAGACGGAGGAAGAAAGAGGCGGAGCUUGAAAUGUAUGCUGAAGGGCAUGGUAACUCCGGGGAUAGAACCGGUAACAACACGAACUGGAAGCUGACCGGUGCAAAAGAAGCAUUGAGUAUCAACCUCGCAGCUUUCGAGAAGCCGUUGCGGAAACUCACUUUUGCGGAUCUUCUCCAGGCCACGAACGGGUUCCACAAUGAUACUAUGAUUGGAUCAGGCGGGUUCGGAGAUGUUUACAAAGCUGUUUUGAAAGACGGAAGCGCCGUGGCUAUCAAGAAACUGAUCCACGUUAGCGGUCAAGGGGAUAGAGAGUUCAUGGCUGAGAUGGAAACGAUAGGGAAGAUCAAACACCGGAACCUUGUUCCCCUUCUCGGCUACUGCAAAGUCGGAGAAGAGAGGCUUCUCGUGUACGAGUUCAUGAAGUAUGGGAGCUUGGAAGAUGUACUGCACGAUCCGAAGAAGGCUGGCGUGAAACUAACAUGGUCCAUGCGGCGAAAAAUCGCGAUUGGGUCAGCUAGAGGGCUCGCCUUUCUUCACCAUAACUGCAUUCCUCAUAUCAUCCAUAGAGACAUGAAGUCUAGCAACGUGUUGCUGGACGAAAACUUGGAAGCUAGGGUUUCGGAUUUUGGCAUGGCUAGGCUGAUGAGCGCGAUGGACACGCAUUUAAGUGUCAGUACAUUAGCCGGUACACCGGGUUACGUUCCUCCCGAGUAUUACCAGAGUUUCAGGUGUUCAACAAAAGGAGACGUUUAUAGUUACGGCGUGGUCUUACUCGAGCUUCUCACGGGUAAACGACCAACCGACUCGCCGGAUUUUGGAGACAAUAACCUUGUUGGAUGGGUGAAACAGCAUGCGAAACUGCGGAUUAGCGACGUGUUUGACCCCGAGCUUUUGAAGGAAGAUCCAGCGCUCGAGAUCGAACUUUUACAACACUUAAAAGUUGCGGUUGCGUGUUUGGAGGAUCGGGCUUGGAAGCGACCGACCAUUUUACAAGUCAUAGCCAUGUUUAAGAAAAUACAAGCUGGGUCGGGGCUAGAUUCGCAGUCGACGAUAGGAUCAAUAGAGGAUGGAGGAUUCAGUACAGUAGAAAUGGUUGACAUGAGUAUUAAAGAAGUGCCUGAAGGAAAAUUCUGAAAGAAACCAACAUCAGAUUCUUUGCAUUUUCUAAAAUGUAUGUAAUUAUGUUAUUUACACAUGAGACGAUGUUCCUUUUUUGUUGGGUUCGGUCGGAUUGGGGGGAAUGGAGAAGAGAAAAGAGAGAACUUUGUUAUGAAUAUUAUGUAAAUAUACAGUUUUUCAUUUUC